GCUGCUUCCUGUGGUGCUGUUUUGACUUUGCUGACCACAACUAAUCCCAGCAUUUCACUUCUCUUGACAGGUCCCUCUACCAAGCUGCUGCACAGCCUCUAUAGCAAGAUCAGCCAGUACACGGAGCUCACCAAACACGACAUGAGGUUCAAUGCAUUCAUCUUUGGCCUUAUCAACAUCCAGUCCUUGGAGUUCUGGUUCAACCACCUCUACAACCAUGAAGAUAUCAUCCUGGCACACUACCAGCCGGUGGGCUUCUUGUGCCUGUCUCAUAGCACGUGCCAGCCUCUUUUCGAGGAGCUCCUGCUCCUUCUCCAGCCUCUAUCCCUGCUGCCCUUCAACCUAGACCUCCUUUUUGAGCACCACCUGAUGCAGAUGGGUAAAGAGCAGCAGCAGCAAAAGGAGCUGCUAUGUGUGAAGCAGGACCUGAUGCUUUCCGCACACUCCACCCUGCAGCUGAUGCGGACACGGGGCAGCAGCGAGGAUCCCGAUGGCUGCAGCACUGCCCCUGAAGCAUGCAAAGUGGGUGGCAGAGAUGGUGGCAUGUCACCAGGCCACAGUCCUGAACGAGCUGCAAGUAAGAGGGUCAAGGGAGUGGGGGCCUCCUCUGGAGAUGGGGACAGGGAGGAAGAGCGGAGGAAGGUGCAAGAGAGCACGUGUGAGGGGAAGAAAGAUAAGCAGGCGAGCUGGUGGUACCAGCUCAUGCAGAGCUCUCAGAUUUACAUUGAGGGCUCGACAGAAGGCUUGAAGCUCAUCCGUUAUGAAAAGAAGAAGAAGGCCUUGAGUGCUGUCCCCAGGCCAGCUGAAACCCACAGGACACCACCUCCACGUGAAGGCGUGGUGGAGGGUGCAGAAGCCUGCCCCAUUGCUGAAGGCAUCUUGGAGGAGAAGCCCAAGGCCACCAGCAGGCCAAGUCCUGGAGUUGUAGAAGAGCCCCUGGAAAAGCCCCAGCAGGUACCAGCCGGUGAAGAGGUCAAGGAGCGGAGCUGGCUCUUCUGGAUGGGCAGCCCCCCAGACUCAGUGGUUACAGAGCUGAAGCACAGCAAGGAGAAGGAGACUGGGAUUCAGCAAAGUUUGGGAGCAGCAGCAGCCCUCCAAGAGGAAAGCAGCACCAGUGUGUCAGAGAGCAGCCAGCCCAUCAAGUGGGGACACUUAUUUGGGUCCAGAAAGGUGCAAAAAGAGCCCAGGCAACACAACAGGUAGGGACA